CAACCUUUCGUCGUGACUCCGUAGUAUUCGCCUGCAACAGCUCCGUCGCUCGCGUGCCCGUCGACAACACAAUUUUUCCUUCGGUGGACCAGUUCAAAGUUUUCAACGAUAUCGUCGCACACCAGAAUCAUGUUCAAGCUUUCGCUGUUCUGUGUGGCAGCCGUUCUUUUCGUGGCCGGCCAAGAGGCGCACGGAAAAAUGACCUGUAAAUUGCCUCAGGUCCAGAUUCCAGAUGAUUGGAUCACCAUGGUUACCCCGUGUACGAAAAAAAUGAAAGAACAAGUCCAGGAAGAACUCACUGCAGCAAUGACAUAUUUUGCAAUGGGAGCACAUUUUUCUAAGGACACAGUAAAUCGUCCAGGAUUUGCAAAAAUAUUCUUUGAAAGUGCCAGUGAAGAACGUGACCAUGCUAUCAAAAUUAUUGGAUAUUUGUUGAUGAGAGGAGGUUUAACUAAAGAGAUCAGUCAAUUAAUUCGUGAUCCUCAACCUUUGUCUGAAACAUGGGCUGAUGGCUUAAGUGCAUUGAAGGAUGCUUUAAAAUUGGAAGCUCAUGUUACACGUAAGAUAAGAGAUAUUGCCACCACAUGUGAGGAACCUGGACGUGAUGGACAAGAUUUCAAUGACUAUCAUUUGGUUGAUUGGUUAACUGGUGAUUUCUUAACUGAACAAUAUGAAGGUCAGCGUGACUUAGCUGGUAAAAUAUCUAAUCUUGGUAAGAUGUUAGAAGCACAUGGAGCUCUCGGUGAGUUCCUCUUUGACAAGAAACUUUUGACUGGAGCUGCAGUUUAAUUUACAUUAUUAUGAACAAAAUAUGAACUUUACUCUUAAUUACGAACAUUAUCCAAACAUUUUUUUUUUUAAUGUAAUUAUGUGAAAUGAUUAUUACUCAUAGAUAAACUUAUUCAUAAAAUUAAC